AGACGCUCCGAGUGCAGCUUCUAUUUCUACUUUGGUACUGGAGGUUUUAAUGUCGUCGAAUCAACGUAGGAAGGAGUUGCAUAGUAGUAAUGUCACUGGACUUGUCAUCUGGAAUCCCAGGAGAAAGUGAGGACUGCAGAUGCUGGAGAUCAAAGCUGCAAAAUGUGGUGCUGGAAAAGCGCAGCAGGUCAGGCAGCAUCCAAGGAGCAGGAGAAUCGAUGUUUCGGGCUUAAGCCCUUCAGACCGAAUCAGCAGGGGAGAACUGGAUUUCCACUUCACUGUGUCAGAAAUGCUGAUACACAAAACAUAAUCUUAAGAUCCAUUGAAAGGACAUUUGGCAGCCAUCAUGGAUAAUUCAGAUAUCAAACGAUCUAUAAAAGUACAUGUUACAAAGAAGUCUAAUAGCAUUUCAUCUUUAAGAAGAAAAAAUAAUUGUUGCAUUUUGUCAGCAAGAGCUCUUGGUUUGUAUGGAAAUGAAGAUGGUUCAGUGCUCAGAAAAAACUUGAUUAUCCUCCGUCAGUUAGUAUGUCAGAAAUCUACAACUUUUGAGUGUGUUUGGACAAAACAAUCAAAUUCACCAGUGGUCUAUGAAAAAGGAAGGAUUUACUUUGAUAACUACAGAAGUUGUUUUUGUAGCAUUGGUCCUAAGCCAACUUUGCUGUAUGAACUACCGAAACUUCACAAGUCUCAGAAAAUUGAGGAUGCAUUACUUUGUGAAUCUCCAUUGGGAGAAAUGUUGCCCAAACCAUCAGACCAUGUACCAUCACUCCUCGCUCUGACUGCAAACAACUGGCUCAUUCGUAUGUCAGUUAAGACUGCAGAAAUUCUAGAAAAAAUCUACCUCUCGUCUCAGUGGAAAUUCAGGUAUUUGACUUGGGACGAUACUCAAGAGACAAUAGUAGCCAAGACUACACAGAAUAAAGUUACAGCUGUAGCUAGAGCGGCUGGAAUUCAACACUCAGUUCUUUUACAUUUAGCUCUGUUCAGAGUUCUACCUCUUAGAUUUGUAGGAAUGCUGGCUAUUGAUAAAAAUAUUUUUGGAAACAAUGUAACCGAUGCCACUGUUUCUCAUGGUUUACUCAUUGUGAUGUACAGCGUGGGAUUGGUCAAGCUUUACAGUUUGCAGUGGAUUAUUGAGAAGUUUACACAGAAACAAUGUAUUCUUGGACAACAUUGUGAAUGGAACAACACAACCGGAAUUGUGGGUGCUUCUCCAUUUGGAAUUCCAUGUAAUAUUAAAAUAACAGAUUGUCCGCCUGUCCUAUUUGAAGUAUCUUGUCUUAAAAGUGCAUUGCAGAUUGGAGGACAUCCCUGGCAUUAUAUCAUUACUCCUAAUGAACGCAAACAAGAAGGCAUCUACCACAUUUAUUCUUUAAAGGAUAAAAAGCUGGCAGAGAAUGGAAUUCAGGAGAUGCAGUGUUGUUCAUUAGAUACUGAUUGGAUAUAUUUUCAUCCAGAUGAUUCUGGAAGGAUCAUGCACAUUGGACCAACGCAAAUUAAUGUAUUGCAGCUGUCUGAAAAAUCUGAAGGUUUACAGAGAUGGCAAGUUUUCCGAGCCUUUACUAUUUAUUCUGCAAGAGAAAGAGAGGUGGAGAGCUCAGUGAGAGUGACAGCUUAUGGUCGAGUUGUGAAAAGAAGAUUUUCUCAAUUAGACGAUGACAAGUAUGAGACUUUUAAAACAGUAGAAUACGAGGAUGAACUAGAACUGUUGACUGUUUUGGCAGUACCUCCAACAGACACCGAAGAAAAAAUUCAUCUUGAUUUUUAUGACAACCAAUCUGGUAUCUUAAUUAAGAGUGUUCCUUUAAGAGAACCAUGGAAUGUUACCUAUAGCCAUCAACUGUUCUUCGACAGAGACACAAUUAUACAUAUAGAACUGCUGCCACCUCGAACAUUUUGCUGUCAUGUUUACAAAAUGGAUCAACAUAUGGGUGAAGAUGGAGAUUAAAAUAAUGAAUGAUGCAUCCAAGUUUGCUAAUCUGUUACUUAGAAUGAAGAGCCAUUUGAUCUGGCCUUUUAUUUUUCACUGUAAUUGCAAAGUCUAAGAUGAUUAAACUGUGGGGAUACUGAAUCAUAAAAUGGCCAACAAGUAACUUCAGAUGUCAAUAAAAUCUCUUCAGGCAAAAUAGCAUUUUGUAAAAACAAAAAUAUUUUGUGCUCGCAGGGUUAUAUAACUGAGAGCUGUGAGGCACCAGUCACUUGUGACAGAUGGUUGGAAAUGUGUCAUAAGAUUGUAACGCUUGCAACAUUUGGAUGAGAUUCUAAACCAGAAUAUCCAAACUUGAAUGUUUUAUACAAACAUUGGAACACUAAGAAAGUGACACAGCUUUGGUUGAUCCCAUGAAUCUUUGCAACAUUUGUAAAGCUUAUCAAAGGGAGAUUGCACUUCCUAUUAUCUUUGAGCUGUUUUUUCACAUAGCAUUGCGUUAUGCUGGUUCUUGAAGCAGGAUUUCAGUUGUAAAAGAGAGCAUUCAACAGGAAUGUAGUGCAGAUUUACAGAGAACAUUUCAGCACUGGUUGUACUGUACAAACACUACAUAUAGCCUGACAAUUUUUAGGACUUUGUACAUAAUAAAUGUGUUCUUAUAAAAACUAAG